CUUCAUGCACUGUUUUCACGUCUGCUUGUUUACACUAGAACAUUCCUUCACGCGCUAUCACCGCAUUAGCUUUACUUUCUUUUGCCAAUUAACUUUCGAUUUACAUUACUUACCUCUUCUGCUUCUUAUUUCAGUUAUCAUCAUUUCUCUUAUAAUCCACAGCCUUAAAGUAGAGGUACAAUCUCACUAAAAAUUUAUCGCUCUCGAAUCUCUGUGAACUCCAAAUCCAAAAGCGCAAUGGCUCGAUUAGUGUUGCUGCUCGCGCUCUGCGUGCUUCCGGCCAUCGUGAGCGCCGCCCGCCCUGCAAGAAAUCCAUUUGAGGUGGAAGGCCGUGUCUACUGCGACACUUGCCGUGCUGGUUUCGAAACCCCCAAAACCACCUACAUCGCUGGUGCAAAGGUAAGAUUGGAAUGCAAGGACAGGAAAUCAAUGGAGCUUGUAUACAGCAAGGAAGGAACAACAGACUCCACAGGUACCUAUAAGAUCUAUGUAGACGAUGACCAUGCGGAUCAGCUCUGUGAUGCUGUUCUAGUUAGCAGCCCCAAGAAAGAUUGCAGAUCACCAUCGUCAGGCCGUGAUCGUGCCCGCGUUAUCCUCACCAGCUACAAUGGCAUUGCAUCAAACAAACGCUUCGCCAAUGCUAUAGGUUUCGAGAAGGAUGAUAUAGAGUCUGGUUGUACUGAGCUUCUCAGGCAAUACCAGGAAUAUGAAGAUUAAAUUUUAUUUUCUUAAAAUUUAAACAAAAAAAUUGAGUUCUGUUGAUUAUGAAUUGUAGUUGCUUGACCUACAUAUUUGUUUAUCUAUAUUGUUAUUAUCGGGGUUCAUGUGUUCUUUAAGCUUUUGGAGGACUGUUAAUUUCUUCUGUUAAUGGACAUUUCUUGAAGCUAUAAUGUGUAGUUGCAUUUGGCUUGAAUAUGUUAUAUUUAUGUA